AUGCCAUGUGUGGCGGAUUUUCGCCUACUACCUGACGGUGGCUCAACUGUUGAUCAUGUGCCUGCGCUGUGCAUUGUGUGCACGGGUGGCGACAUUGUGUUGCUGCCGGUCGGUGGCGACGAAGCAGCGCCUGCGGACGUCGUGGGUUGCGUUGACCAGGGGAUUCUUGCAGCUGCGUGGAGUCCUGAAGAAGACUUGCUCACGAUCGUGACGGGUGGUGAAAAACGUCUUUUGAUCAUGACUCGCGAGUUUGAAGUCGUGAGUGAAUCGAUCCUCGUGACAGACACGUUUGGCGAUGACCAGCCCGUGAACGUCGGCUGGGGAUCCAAGUCGACACAGUUUCAUGGCUCAGAGGGCAAACAGGCAGCUAUGGCUGCGGCACAAGAGCCAGCGAGUGGUGAUCCACGCGGCCCGCUUGUGCCGGAUGACGACGGUCUUCCCCGCAUUUCUUGGCGCGGAGACGGCUCCUUUUUCGUGAUCUCUAAUGCCGAGCCGUUCUCUGACACCACAGCGCUGCACCGUGUUCUCCGUGUAUACACACGCUCAGGCACCCUCAGUGCGACGUCCGAUCGAAGUGUACGUGGCAUCUCUCAUGUGCUUGCAUGCCGUCCCACAGGGAAUCUGAUCGCCACAUCUCAGCGCAUGGGUGGCGACUAUGCACCUGGGCGCCAAGGACGCCAUGACAUUGUGUUUUUUGAGCGCAACGGUUUACGGCAUGGUGAAUUUUCGCUUCGUGAAGAGCAUGGCGCGUGUCCCGACGUGUUGCACGGUACGGCACCUCUUCCUCCGUGGUCGUGUGAACAUCAGAUCAAGGCGCUCGCUUGGAAUGCUGAUGGCUCGGUCUUGGCCGUCCACUUGCAACGCGGUUCGGACCACGUCCUGCAACUGUGGACAAGUGGGAACUAUCAUUGGUACCUGAAACACGAGUCAGUGUACGAGGGCAUGCUCAAUCACCUGUCUUGGCACCCUGAGCAGCCUUGGACACUCUAUGUAGCGGCGCAUGGCCGCGUCGAAAAGCGGACGAUGUGGCUAGAGACUGCUUGCUCUCGUGGCCCGCCACCGCAUGAUGCUGCCUGCGCUGCCGUUGUCGAUGGCCAUGCGCUAUACUUAACGCCCUUCCGACGCGAAAAUGUUCCACCGCCCAUGUGUUCCGUGGCUAUCUUUGACUCACCAGACACGCACGCUCACGCGCCGCCUGAGACGCCCAUCCACGUCGCUUGGACGACGGAUGUCGAUGCCGAUGGAAAUACCUCUGAUCUCGUUGCGCUCCUGUACUCGCAAGGGGUUGUGCAUGUGUGGCGCUUGCCCUAUGGCUCGCUCUCUGCAGCCCAGCCACGCCCGCGUGCUCCGCUAUUGCCUGAGUGCAUCAGGACGUUGACAGUGCCACGUGACACGUAUCCGUAUCAGGUUGCGCUGUCAUCAAAAAGUUCUUCGUUGACUGUGGCGGUGCUGGCCACUGAUGGCGACAACGCGGCCGUAUGGAUGCUGAGCGAUUCGGAGGAAUCUCAGCCCGUACGCGUGACUCUGGAUGGCCACGGUCCACGUCGUCUUGUGAGCGUGCCGUCGAGCGCAGCUUUUGCCUUGCAUGAUGACCGCGGUGAUGUCACACGACUGGCUCCCACGGAGCCUCCGACACCAUUGGACCCUCUUCUGGCAUUCUGCCCGACACUGCAUGUUCUAGACAUGGACGAGACACUCAUGCCUGUUGGGCUGGCGGCAGAUAGCCGGCUGCUCGCGCCGGACCGCGUGCUGGCGAAAGAUGCGACUUCGUUCACUUCGACGAAUGGCCUGCUUAUUUGGACGACACACUCCCACGAAGUCAAGUUCCUGCCACUCUCGGCACUGUCUACGACGCCGAACAUAGUACAGCUCAGCCGCCGCGUCGAGCGUGGCAGUCGCAUAGUGACAGCUGUACCCAGUGCCAUGUCGCUCGUGCUACAAAUCCCGCGCGGCAACUUGGAGACGACAUAUCCACGUCCUAUGGUGCUUGAUGUUAUUCGCAGCAAACUUGACCAAUGUCUGUUUGGUGACGCCUUGCGCUUGAGUCGUGCACACCGUGUCGAUUUGAAUCUGCUGCAUGAUCACAAUCCGACGGCUUUCCUCUCCAAUGUGCCUGAAAUUCUGCAUCAAGUGGACAACAUCGAUCAUCUCAACCUGCUUCUGUCGAAUCUGCGAAACGAAGACGUCACACAGACGCUGUAUAAGCCGUGGGAUCCUUCGUCGCACACACCCGUGCGUGAUCUCGAUACCAAGGUCAACAGGAUCUGCGAUGUGUUCCUCGACGCUUUCCAAUCUGCUGAUGAGCGCCGCUUCCUAUCCUGUAUCCUCACCGCUCACGUCCGUAAGGUUCCUCCCGAUUAUGAAGGUGGGCUUCGGGUCUUGCUGAAGUACAUCGACACAGAUCCGCCCCUUGCUGAAGAGGCGUGUAAGUACAUUAUCUUCCUCGUCAGUGCCGAUCAGCUUUACAAGGUGGCUCUGGGCAUGUAUGAUCUGUCCCUUGCCCUCAUGAUUGCGCAACAGUCGCCGCGUGAUCCCCGUGAAUACGUUCCAUUUCUGCGCGAUCUUCGCUCCAAAGAGCCCUUGGAGUACCAACGAUUCUGCAUCGACGACCACCUCGGCCACCAUGCCAAGGCACUGGCUUGGCUCGCACGCUCCGGCGAUGAAUCCCGGAUGGAGUCGGCUAUGGCGUAUAUGGUGCAGCACAAGCUAUACCGUGAGGGUCUUAAGGCAUUCGCGAACGAUCCUGAGCGGCUCCGUGAGGCGUACGCCCGCUUCGGCGACUAUCUAAGUUCACAUCAGCGCGCAGCUGAAGCUGCCACAGCCUACGAGCUUGCUGGCCGUUUGAUCGAUGCGAUGAACGCGUACAAAGAAGCGGACCAAUGGCAGCAGGCAUUGACACUUGCACAGAAGACACGCAUGGCUGGGCCAGAGCUCACACACUUUAUGCGCUCACUUGCGGAGCAAUUAGAAGAGCAGCACAAGUACGAGCAAGCUGCGCGCGUCCUGCUGCGUCUGCCAGACAUGGAAGCGGGCAUAGAGCUGCUUUGCCGGGCACAUGCAUUCGUCGAUGCACAAUACGAGUGUGCUGCACAUGAUCGUUGGGACCUGAUGGAGACGCAUGUGGCACCAGGAUUGCUGGAGACGCAGAGCUCCUUGCUCGAGGAAGCUUCUGAAAUUGAAGAACAAAUGACGAAGCAGGUACGGCGUUUGUUCGAACUGGAUGCGAAACGAGACGAGGAUCCGUCUGCGUUUUAUGUCAGUGAGGACGUGCAGGCACUGAACAAUGUGGAAGUCUCGAGCGACAUGUCCCAGAUGACGCAGUUCACUCGAUAUACAACCGCCACAAGUGUUGCCCCGUCCAUGUCGACGUUGUCACUUGGCUCCAAGUCGCGGCAGCGAGCAAAAGCCAAGAAGGAGGAGAAAAAGAAGAAUGCCGGCAAGAAAGGCAGUGUGUACGAGGAAGGCUAUCUUCACGAGUCGCUGCAAAAACUCUUGCAGACACGUCUUGGUACCUUGCAAAAGGAUACGGCCCGAUUGCUCCCAGUGCUUGUCAUGUUCGGUGAGCGCCAUCGCCUCGCUGCACAGGAACUGCAGCAGAGGCUUUUGGCGCUCGAACAGUCUGCGCGGCGAGCAGCCGCAGACUUGGAAGAGCGGUACGCACGUCAAAUGCAAGAUCGUGCCGAGACAACGCAGGCGCUAGCGGCGCAAGUCACGCAGCUCGCUCAUGGACCCGGUGCACCAAGCGAGACCGCCAGUUCCACGCUGUCGACACUGUGGAGAUGGCGACAGAUGCAAGAGCCCAAGAAGGCACCUACCGUGUCCCACGAGUCAUGGAAACUACAUCUAUUGGAGGAAGUGUAG